AUGGGGAAGCAUAAGGUAUCAAAGAAGGGUAAACCCAUUGUGUGCAGUGCUUGUCAUAUGCCUGGCCACAACAAGGUGACUUGCCCCACAACAAAUAAGCCAGUUAAGCUCAGAGUGAAAAGAGCAAAGAUAACCAAGACUACACAAGUGAAGGGUGGUGGAGUGCAUGGAUCGGUGAAUGGUGGUACAGGAGGUGUGCAUGGUGGUGAAGGUGGUGGAGUGCAUGGUGUUCAAAAGAAAAAGGUUAGAGUAAGAGGCGUGGGGGUUGUUUUUAGAACAAGAAAGCCAUCUGAGAGAAUUUUGAAUACUAAACUUGCAAAAGCAGUGUAUGGGAAAAAUGGUGAAGGCAACUCAACAACAAAUGCAGUGGAUAUAGAUUAG